AGCCCCAGCCUGCUUUCAAAAACAACUCUGCAGAGCAGCUUGGAGGCACGCUGUGUGCGCCUGAGUGACUUGGGGAGUGUGUGCUUCGUCACAGAGCGCUUUGUGUAGUUGUACAGAAAAAAAAAAAGUUUGCCACAAAAAAGGGAAGAGCGGCGUAUGCAAAUCGCAGAAAGCGUGGGGAUGACUAGCUUGACUGCGAGUGCUGGGUGCUCUCCUGAUUGCGACAAGAACCCGACUGACAACCUCUCUGCCUCUGAAGGCCCGCGGCGUCGCAACUCCGGGGUGGCUGCAGGUGACACGGGAGCCGAACCUGUUCGUGGAGAGGUCAGCGUGCUCCAGCUCCGUGCCCUCUUCGAGGCGCGCAACACUGAACCCCGGCACUGCUCUCCUCACUCUCGCGGCAAGCACAUGCCCAAGGAACGCCGACGGUCCUCCCGAGAGAGCACCCAGUCCGGGUGGUCUCAGAAGGAGCGCCGGAGCAGCCGUAAGUUGUCUGACACCUGUAACGGUGUGCUUCCCUCUGAUGAGCCAAACAGGGCGCAGGCAGCAACGAGGGAAGGACGCAAGCAGGACCAGCUGCAGUGCGUCCCGCAGGUGACCAUCACACCGGAGGGAGGCGGCAGCCCUCGGGAAAUGAUCGUGGACUUGGACGAGGUGAACGGUCCCCUACGGAGAAGACUGUCCAACUCAUCUCUGUCCUCUACGGGCUCUUCGACAGUCUUGGACGAGUCUGAGGAUGACAUCUUGAGCGACAACGAGACGAAGAGCAAAGGCAUCGUGACUCUCGAGACCUCGGAAGACCUAACAGUCAACCGGCCCUGGUGGAAGAUCAAAACGAUAGUUCACUGCCCAUUGGUUGUUCCACCAAGGAAACGAUAUGCCUGGGUUCAGCUUGCAGGGCACAAAGGUAGCUUCAAAGCCGGGGAGGAAGGAACCAUCCUGAAGAAGUUCAGCGAAAACGAAAAGGCUUGCUUUGAGAGGCUCAUGAACGACAUCCUGCACUCCUACGUGCCAAAUUACCAUGGGGUGGUAGACAGAGAUGGAGAAUACUUCCUUCGGCUGACAGAUCUGCUGGCCGAGUUUGAUGGGCCAUGUGUCAUGGACUGCAAGAUGGGAGUGAGGACAUACUUGGAAGAGGAGCUGGUGAGAGCCCGCGAGCGUCCCAAGCUGCGCAAGGACAUGUACAAGAAGAUGAUGGAAGUGGACCCCAAUGCCCCCACCGAUGAGGAGCACACCCAACAGGCUGUCACUAAACCUCGGUACAUGCAGUGGAGGGAGACGCAGAGUUCCACCAACACGCUUGGUUUCCGAAUAGAGGGCAUCAAGAAGGCUGACGGCACCUGCAACACGGACUUUAAGAAGACAAGGACGAAAGAGGAAGUGGCCCAGGUCAUCAAGGACUUUGUGGAGAACAACAGGAAUAUUUUGAAAUCUUACCUCACCAAGCUGGAAGAAAUCCGGAGUAUCCUGGACCGCUCUGAAUUCUUCAAGAGACAUGAGGUCAUCGGGAGCUCACUGCUGUUCAUUCAUGAUCACAAACAGCUGGUGCGCGUGUGGCUCAUCGACUUUGGCAAAACCACCCUGCUUCCAGAUGGCCAGACCCUGCACCACUGUGUUCCCUGGUGUGAAGGCAACCGUGAGGAUGGCUACCUUUGGGGUCUUGACAACAUGGUCAACUUAAUCACAGAUAUAGUGAAUGAAUGACUGGAUCAGAUGGACAUGCACACUUUGUAUGACUGCACUGACAACAGGGAGCAGAAACGCUCACCGAGUGGACACUGACGCUCCUCAACAGCUACCUGUUAGGUGUCAACUGGUCUUCAAUGGGGAGACUUCUGCUUUUUCGACUUUUGCUGGGGCAGCAACUGUUUGGUCCAGGCUGACUAUGAUGGCAAGGUAGAGAGCCUGAGGGGAAUUCUUCAAGAAUUACAAUGGCACACCCUGCCUUUUCACAGUGGCAUUAUUGGAGCUGCAAAUACGACUGGAAAAGCUGGGUGUAGCCCACCCGGUACCUGCCCUUCUUCUAGUGUCAGUGGGCCAUGCCUCUUGUGAAUGUUGUUUUUUUUCAGUGUGGACAAUCUGAGGUUAGCUUGGCCACACAGCUAAUGUUGCUGGUGCCCAGGGCAGUGCUGCCCACCCCAGUGCCCAGUCUCAUUUAUAUUUUCACGUAUGGAGGAAUGCCAGCUGCCCUGAUUCUCUCUGUCUCUCUCCACUCCCACUCCAUCCAUAGCUCCACUGGGUAGAUGCGGUGGUCUCUUUGGGCCUGAAUGCCCUGUUUACCAAGUCCACUGAAUGCAUCUGAUUACAGACAGACAGAUAGCUACAAUGUGCCAGGUUUUCUUUAAGAGAUCUUUUUUCACUUUUCCCUUAAUCGUGUCAUUUCAAAAUUCUUUGGUCUUCCCACUUCAGACCUUCUUUCUCUUCUUUCAUUAGUUUCCUUGUAUCUCAUUUAUUUUACUCAUCCUGCCUUCCUGCUCUUCAUAUCUGGAGUUUGGGAGGAAGCUGACGCAUUCAGAGAAAAGUCACAGAAACACAGUGGACUACACAUGAACUCGGGGCAGGUUUUGAACGUGGACCUCUGGCUUUGAGCCUCAGUGGGCUUUCCAUCCAUUUACUGAAUGCGCUUUCACUUUGUGACGGGGACACGGCCUGCUUGGAGAUUUCACUUGACCUAACCUCCAAUGGGUAUGGGUGGACGACGCGGAUAAAGAGCCACGUAGGCGCUGGAAGAACAUGCAAACUCGAGCAUUGUGCACCCAUCCAGCACCACGGGGCAGCCGUACUGAACGCACCCAACGGUGGCUGACAAAAGGUUCAGUUUUAGUCGAUUUCGGUAACAUUUUUUUCUCAACACGUUCUACGUCAACCAGCAAGGUUUGUGCUGCAUGCCUUUUUAAAGUACCACACAACAUGUUUACACAGUAAAACACUAAGAUGACUCGUUUUCCCUCAUGACUAUUUUUACUCCUCUGACUUUUUUCCUCUUUUUAUUUAUUGUUUAUGGUAUUCCAUUUUUAUUUAAAAGUGUUUGCAUUAUUCUGUAAAUUGGUUCUAAUGUAGAUGCAUAUCUUCCUUAGACACUCCAUCUGCAGCUUUACGUUUUACUAAUCAUUUUGCCUUCACAGCAUUCCAAAAACAAAGGGCUCAAUGAAAACGAGCAGAAGGCCCUCCUGACAGGGACCCCUGGUGGCAGCAGCUCGUGGAUUUCCUGAGAGCCGCAGUGACACCUAGCGCUGGCACUUGUGACCCAGUGUGCUGCCAUAAUCGACAGGAAGGCCUCUGAACUGCUCUUUCAUUGUUUCUCUCAAAACUAACAUUUGGAUUUACGAUUUUGAAGUGAUAAGUAAGGGGGACUGAACGCGUGUUCUUGUGUUUUACGUUCCUGCCAGCAAAUUGUACUUUCUAUAGCCUCGUCCCUGUAAAACGCAGAGAUGGCGGUGACAUUUCACAGUGUCGGCAUGUCACUUGAGUUUUGAACCAUAAACCCUGUUGCUUUACAUUCUGAUGCCUUAGGGGCUCAUUGUGUUUUGUACGUAUCUCUUUAUAGUGAAGGUGAUUAAAAUGCAUGCCGUUGUCUUUUUCUUAGAACACUGAAAGGCUACGUGACCUGCGCCGCUAACACGUUAACUGAACUGCCAAACGACGAGCUGCAGUUCUGGCACAUUGUUUUCUGUGUCACGCUAUUCCUGAGCAAAUUCUAUCCUGGGGCGCUUUAAGACAUUUUUCUUAUUUUCUAUAAUUAAAACUCAGGGUCGCGCAGUGAGUAGUGGUGGGGAUUGAACUACUGGCCACCUUGUGCUGAAAGUCCAGCGUCUGGACACUCGGCCACACUGCCUGCCAGCAAAUUGUAUUUCACUUUGUGCCAUCUGUGCCAUUGUGGCUGGACUCGAACAUUCAAUGGGAUUCUCGGUCACUUGGCCACACUGCCAGCCAAACUGUCAGAUUUGUUGUUUUGCUGAUUGCACAAACUUAGAAGCCCCCGGACCACCCAGUGCUCCUCCCUCUAAACAAGCCAUUUCUGUAAAUAGUUGUACAUACAGAUUUGCGGUGACCUUUGUGGCCUAAGGUGGAUGCUGAUUCUAAAGCCAUGUUAUUGUAUUGUUUUGUCUCUUAACUUAUACUUGUGCCUAAUGGGGUUAAUCAUUGAAAUUGGUUAUUACAAUGUAAACUUAAACCAAAAAUGGUUGUUUGUAAUGGUGACUACUGCAUUGCUGAGCUAUCCUAAGAAAUGAGAACACUAUUCCCUUUUUGUACUACACUGUGAAUUCUCUUUAAAAUGACAGAAAGCUUCACGGUACAAAAGUCUGCAAUAAAAUGAAGACAUUCCAGUCCUUG